AAAUGUCAUUUUUAUACUAUAAUUUACAAGAAAAUACUUUAAUCACGUUUCACGUUAACAUUUCGGUGGUUGCGCGUAUAUUUUGUGUGAUAAGCACGGGUGCCAUGUGGUCGUCGGGGACGCAUAACCUCGGCGCGGCGCUCGGGCGGCGCAUCACGUAACGUCGGGUCUUCGGGAGUGCCGAUGGUGAGAGCGGAGAUGGUGCUGAGUACUGAGUGGGCGCUAGUGGAGGUGGUCGAGCUUACGAACGACGGCAACGGGCUGGGGUUCAACUUAGUCGGCGGGAGGAGUACAGGGGUAGUUAUCAAGUUUGUGGUGCCUGGCGGAGCGGCCGAUAAGGACGGGAGGCUUCAGAGCGGGGACCACGUGCUGCAAGUGGGUUCGGUGAACCUGCGAGGGUUUACAUCGGAGCAAGUCGCGUCCGUGCUACGCCAGGCCGGCGCCACCGUCCGGCUGCUGGUAGCUCGCCCGGCAGACCCCGCCGUCGCCCUCCGCGCCCCGCUGCCCGGGACGGCGCUCGUGCCCACCAAGAUCCUCGCCGACCCCGACCAGCUCGACCGCCACCUCGUCGAGAGCGGCUACGCGGCCAUCUACGACCUCUCCCAGUGCUACGGCGAAUAUGUCAAUGGGCAGAAUGGAGUUGAAAACGUUACGGCGGUUGUGAGCGUACUCGGCGACAUCCCACAAGAAAUCCAGGAACAACCUGUUGUUGCGGUGUCUCCAACAAUUACUAUUACUGUACCUGUGGAAUUGCCUAACUUGCCCGAGGUAGAAAUAGUUCAUGUAGAUUUAAACAAAAACGUCUAUGGUUUAGGGAUCACAGUAGCCGGUUACGUAUGUGAGAAGGAAGAACUAUCUGGUAUCUUUGUGAAGAGCAUCAUAGAAGGAAGCAGUGCUGAGCAAAGUGGACAAAUUAAGUUGAAUGAUAGAAUAAUAGAAGUAGAUGGAAUAUCUUUAGCAGAUAAGAGCAACCCUCAGGCUGUGGACAUUUUAAGAAACACAGGUAUUUCAGUGCACUUAGUGUUAGAGCGGUAUUUAAGAGGUCCAAAGUUUGAGCACUUGCAGCUAGCAAUAUUUAAUGAGGAGCGUCCUCCAUCACCAUCACCCUCCACAACCACCCUCUCCUGGUUCCCCGUGCCUUCCCAAGACGACAGUACUACUAAAAUAGAACCAGAGCAGGACUCCAACAGUACUAUAGAUUCCAGUGUAUUAGAAAUUGUUGAUACUGAAGUGAUUGAACCAUCUCAAGAGGAACUUGAUAAGAGAUUAGAUGAGAUACUAGCUGUAGAUAAGGAAGAAAUUAAGAAACGGUGGUCAGAAGAAAUUGGCCCAGAAAAGUCCAUUUUGGUUGCUGAAGUGAACAAGCUUGGUGCCUUGGGGAUCAGUCUAGAAGGUACUGUAGAUGUAGAAGGCGGCCAGGAGGUCCGGCCGCAUCACUAUAUCAGAUCUGUGCUUCCAGAGGGCCCUGUUGGACAGCAAGGGACUCUAACGGCUGGAGACGAGCUUUUAGAAGCAAACGAAUACAGACUACACGGUCUGACACAUACGGAAGUCGUAAAUAUCCUCAAACAAUUGCCAGACCGCGUUAGGCUGGUUGUAGCGCGCCCUGAAAGUGGUCCUCGGUCCGUUAUAAACUUAGCAUCUGACCGCGAAGCAUUUGAAGCUAGAAAAAUAAUAUCAGGCAGUCUCAACAACCUUACUAGUCUCAUCAAAGCUCAGUCAGAUACCUCAAUCAACACAUCAAGCACUGCAACUCUCACUAACCACUCCGGACUCUCCAAGAAAUCCCGCUCUUUAGAGUGUGUAUCCGGACUAGCCAUGUGGCAAAGCAAAGAGGACAUUGUAGAGCUUGUCAAAGGAGACCAGGGUCUAGGCUUCUCUAUAUUAGAUUACCAGGACCCAAUAGAUCCACAAGGGACAGUAAUUGUUGUCAGGAGUUUAGUUCCUGGUGGCGUAGCUGAGAAAAAUGGAGAGAUAUCGCCAGGGGAUAGAGUCAUGUCUGUAAAUGGGGCUAGCAUUAAAAAUGCGACUUUAGACCAAGCCGUGCAGGCUCUAAAAGGCGCUCCGCGCGGCGUAGUCAAAGUUGGCAUAGCACGUCCAAUGCCGCCUCAUGAAAACUCGAAAUCUAAAAGCACAAGCACUCUAAACACUGUCAAACCAAGUUAAUCUUUACUCUGUGAUUAAACCAGUACUAGUCAAGUUGAAGUCAUAUCAAUCUUACGCUUAAUUGAGAUUAACAUACAGGGGCGCUUGUCUGUAAAAAAACUACAAAGGCAUACUGGUGGUCCUAAAACGUAAACGGAAAAAGUGAUGAAAAUCUACUUAUUGUUUCCAAUAUUUUGUGUAGAAAUCUUUGAAUAUAAUUGCAUAGUAAAAAUAUACAGUUACAAUAUUGAUGUAAAGGCAUUCUCUAUCGGUCAAACUUUAGGGUAAAGAUUGUUGCCAUGCAAAUUUUACCCAUAUUCAUUGCUCUUAACAGUCUUAACUGAAUUCUUUACAGACUAAAAAUGAAUGAUAAGCUUGAUAAAUACAAUGCCUAAAUUAUAUUAACUUCACACGACCAUCAGUAACAGCCUAAAAUUACACUCAUUCAAAAACUCGCCGUAUAUGCAGGCCGCAAGGCAUUGCAGUCUGUAAGACUAGUCAAUACAGAUGUAUUUCAUAAUUGUUUCCCAUCAUAUUUUCUCGGAAACGUUUAUAUUGGUCAUGCUAGUUCAGUCAACGAUAGUACUUUUUGUACCGAGACUGACUGUAAUAGCAAGACACGUUCGUAAGUUUCCGUGAAAAUAUGAUGGAAAAUAGCUAUGCACUACAUCUGUACUUCGUCUAUCGACAGCAAGGACAGCUCAACUCUAUGAUACAAUAAUAAUUUACGCUUUACUAGAUAUAUUUUAUCGUCGUAAGUUCACGAAAAUUUUGUAAUGCACAGAAUCUUAAGGUAACUAACCUUUUAUUUCUGCAGGGGCCUCGGUCGUUGAAAAAUGAACUUUAAAGUCCUCAUUAUAAGGUGCCUAGAAUGUAACAAUCAAAAAUGCACUUACGAAAACUUAGCUAUACGUAUAAAAUUUUCCUAAUGCAAAAUGAACUCUACGACAAGAUCACAAAGUUCAUUUUUGAUGAAAUCAGGCACCUGCAAGCAGUUGUGAAUGUAUGGGCUCACUUAGAGACGUGUAGGACUGCAUUUGUUUACUAGUUUAGGCCUUCUGCACUGCCUUCAGGAUCUAAGUAAAAAUAUAAAGUAAAUUAUAUGGCAGUACCUCUAUUGGACAACUAUUAGAUUUUCUAGCAAACUUAGGUUGUAAACAGUAAUCACAAAUGUGUAGAUAUUAAACUAAGGGAGCAAUUAUAUAAAUACGAAUUUUAUGUAAAUAAUAUAAAUAUCAGUUUUAAACUUCAUUAUCUUGUGGAUUUGAAUGAGAAUUGAGUUUUUAAAAUGUAUUAUUGUGAGUUUAACAGUGACUUUGUAUCUCAUGAAAGAGAUGGACUAUCUCAGCAUUUUAAAUGUAAAAUAAUAUGAAUUUCAACAGACAUACAAGAUCUGUGGAUUUAUAAUUUUAGUUUUGCUUUUGAAAUUGGCACGCGCUUAUUCUUGCCAUGACAGUUAAAUUCUUGCCUUAUUGAUCUGAAACAUACUUACAUAUGUAAAAUACAAUUAUAUUUAUUAUUUGCAUUUUGUUAUAUUUGUUAAAGUAUAUAAAUGUAGGCUCAGCAGAAUAGAACCUUGGGUCUUCGACAUAUGUUAAAGUCAUUGGGGCAAAUACCAUAGGGAGUUUAGGGUCAAAUCGUCAAAUGCGCAUACCCUAGCAACAACCGUAUUAAGAGGCCCUUCCACCGCCAAGCCUAGAAGCCUAGUCUUUAACCUAGGUUGUUGCCAGGUAAGGCGCAAUUGCCCCAAAGAAUCUUAAAAUGAGAAAGUAUCUGUUACUUAUCAGUUAAGCCCUACUACUGGCACUCCUUUAAGAGCAAUAGGAUAUCUGCUAGAGUGAAAGGGUAAUACAUAUAUAUAUAUUACUUUCUCUCUCUAACAGAUAGCUGCCUCCUGCCUCCGACCCAUGACUCCCAUGCGUACAGUCAGUAGCAGAAGUUGCUAAGCGGGCGAGGUGUUCAAAAUUACCUUGACACGCUCUUAUUCUCUCAACAAUAAAAUCGCGCCAACAUCACUUUGAACACCUCGCCCGCGUAGCAACUUCUGUUCUACUGCUGAAUUAAGCUUUUUGAAGUACUUUGCGUUUCCAUGAUAUUCUAGGGUUCUAUUUUGUUGAUAGUGCAUAAAUUGUUAAAAUACAGAGUAAGAGGUGCACGAAACACUAGAGAGCACAAUGUGAUAUGGAUGUUACAUAUUUGUAAACUAUUUACUUUGGCGCCCUAAAUAAUUGUUCGGGCUUUUUAUGUACUUACCUUCUAACAGUAGGUGUGUGUGUAGGCAUUUAUUUUUUUGAGAAUGUAAAGCUAAACAAAAUUAGUUAUUACAUAAGUAGUGCAUAAUUGUUUUCCAUCGUAUUUUCUCGGAAACGUUCGUAUUUGUCACGCUACUUCAGUCAACCUCAGUAUAUUUUUGUACUGACACUGACUGAAAUAAUCAAGAGACACGGUCGUAUAGUAUACUUAGUUUGAUAACUAAAUGCAAAUAGUAUUGUCACGAUCAGAUAUCGGAAAGGCCAAGGCACUCAAAAAUAUUUGAAGAUGCCUUUAUUGUAGAGGCGUAACAAUGCAUGUUAAAAAAAUACUUCUUGGUUUCUCCUUUAUAUCUGACCAUCAGUGAACCUUAUUUAUUUGUUAUAAGCCAAAACACAGGCUUCUGGCUUUGACAAUAGAGUCGCGUAUACGUAAUUUAUUUAUAUCUAAGAUCUGGUUUUCAGUGUAUAAAAAGAAUUCCGAAAAGCUUUACAUUUUCAUUCAUACCUUAUACGUAAAUUUUACUAUAAUUUUAUAAUUAUACUCAUUUAUGCCUGUUGAUUUAACUUUCUUAGUAUUGUUUGAGUACUUACAGAUCUCUAUAACUAUAGUAUUUAUAUUGUAUAUGUAAGUGAAUCUUUUAAUAAAACAGAAUGCACACAUACAAGGAGUUAUUAUUCAUAAAUUAAGUUUCAUAACAACCACACACACAUAAUUUUUAUUACCUACUACUACUUCUACUAAAGUUCUAUUCCUAAAUUAUUAAAUUGAACAUAUGUUUUAGGAUGUUUCUAUGAUGAUUCUAAAAUAAAAGGUUUUGGCAUAUCAAACAACAAACAAAAGAAUUGUUUACACAUAUAUCAUUUAUUUGACAACAAACGCAAACGAUACAUGGAUAUACCUAUUCUUAAACUUAUAUGUGUGCUUUCAAUAUUUAGACUUGUUAAGCAAACUGACAAUUUUAUUGUAUUAAUUAAUUUCACUUUAGUCAAUAUGUACUAUAACAUAGCUUUUGUCUCAUUUUUACUAGUUAUAAUCUUACAAUGAAUAUCUUUUGUAAUGUAUAAAAUAAAUAACAACGAUUCAAAACAACUAACCAUAUAGUGCGAAGUUACUUUCUUGCUUAACCAAUAAACAUUAAAAUCUUGUCAAAAGCAACUGUUCUGAGAAAAAUCAACUGACUUAAGGGGUGUUCCCAAAAUGUAAAUAUUAUGCUGUUUUUGGGGCAAAAAUUAUUUUAAUACAAGUAGCUUAAAGAGCACCAAAUGAACGCUGAAACUUAAAAUUACACAAUGUUAAAUGUAAUCACAAACAUAAAUAUUAAAUAUGCACCUGGCAGAAUAGUAUAAAUUUAAUGCUAAAUUAUACAAAGAUGAUUUUUCUAGAAUACUGGCGCCAUCUAUAAUUAUAUUCCUAAUAUAUCUCAGCAAAAUAUACAAAGGAAUAGUUAGUAAGAGGCGUUAAUCAAUACAAAACAUUGUGGAAACAAGUUUGGCAGCUGAAGUAGAUGGCGCUGUACGUAGCUUUACGUUACGUGUCACAGGUUUGUCAAAUUUUAUAUAGCCUAGGAAUACGAGUAUACGAAACUAUCUACAUCAGCUGUCUAAAUUUGCUACUACAUUUGUUUACACUGCUGUUCUAACAAUUUCCAAAUAUGAAAGAACCCCUAAAAUUUUAAAAUCCUCUAGCAAAAUCGCUGUUACAUAGCUUGCCUGUUUUGUUAUGUCAUUACCACAUCCCAAAUCUUCCUUUUAUCAGACUGAGUAUUUUAUAUAACCUGAAUAAUUGUAAUAGUCGAGGUAACCCCUAUAGGCAACUUGAUGGUUCCUACGAAUAUGUCUACUGCUAUAACAUAAUCUGCUUUGUUAAUUAAAGUUUCACCAGGAACAUGUAAAAUGCAAUUAAGUCCGCAGUUACUACCUUCUAAGAUGUCAAUCAAAGUUUAAAGCGUUUAUUUUUUUUAAUUUGUUUAAAAUACAUGUCUUCAAUUGUUAGUGGGUAAGUAUUUGUUUAUAUAUUUUUUUUAUUUUUGAAGAAGGAAAUAAUAACUCUUCAAAAUAAAAAGCAAACACAUUUCUUACUAUUUGCAAAGACUUGUUUGUAAACCUUAAGGAAAUGUCCCACGUUUGAUAAAGUCAGACCAAGAAUAGUCUGCAGCGGAUUUGAUAGCCCACGCAGUGAAAGUGUUAUUUUAAACGUCAAACUUCUAUGAAAUUAUGACGCAUUAAUGACACUUGCACUGCGAGGGCUAUCAAAUCCGCUGCAGACUGUUUGUGGUCUGACUCUAGCUAAAGUAGAUGGCGCAGUCCGGCGGCAUGUAUUUUGUGGUAAGUGGAUACUGUCAAACGUCAACUUUUGACAACAGGUGUCGCUUCGGUUGAAGUACCUAUCUCUGCAUAUUUACCUAACUAUUGGUGAAACUUUAUUAAUUAAUAAUUAUACUUACUUAACAUAAGUUAAUUUGUACUAAUUUUAAAUGUACCAGUGAGAUGUAACAUAAGUAUCGUUAGCUUGGCACUGACUAGUGCAGGACACCACAAUGUUAGCCUUACACCAGGUAUGAAUAACAAAAAUUAUAAUUAUACAGGUAAAA